AUGAGUGACGAAUUGCACAGGUGCAGAAUAAAAGGCACAGGAUACGUGGAUGAAAUUGGGAGAAUGGUGCUAAGGAAUAGAAGUGGAGCUGUAGAAAGCGAAAUGAGUGAAAUGGCGGUGUUUUUGGAGGAAAACGACACAGAUUACAAGGUUGAAUACGAGAAACUGAGGAAACUGGAAAAAUAUGAAAAAGUGAGGGAAGAAAGAAGCAAAAUAAAGCAAAUGAUAAAGAAAUUGAUUGAAGAGACGAAAGUUGAUACGAAAUACAAUCAGAAACGUGUUAAAAUAACCAAAUUCGGUAAUAAAGAAAAGAAAGGGUAA